AUGGGGGGUGUCAAGUGGGAGACGAGAGAGUUUCAAUCGUUUCGUUCUUUUGUUGCUGCUAAGGACAUGCAAGUGAUGGGAAAAAGCGGUAGAAAGUGUUGGAUUUGUGACGAGCAACUUGUUGAGCUGGAAGCAAGCGAUCGUGCUACAAAUCAACAACUACAGGGUGAUGAGAAGAAGGAGGAGGAGGUGGUGGUGGUGGAAUGUUACUAUCGAGAGUGUGACAUGUGCUGUCAUUUGACAUGUCUAGCAGAUCAUUUCCGAUCACUGUACGAUGACAAAGAAGAAGAUGAUGAUAUUAAAGGUGGAGAAACGGAAAUGAAAGGGGAAUGUCCAGCGUGUCAACAGGUUUUAGACUGGUCGUUGGUGACACAUUCUCGUGGACAAGAUAAUGUUGAAAAGAAAAGAAAAUGCAUUGAAAGGAGAGAUGAUGCGGCCAUAAAACGCAGUACUGAUAAUGUAGAAAUACAGAUUUGUCGUGGCGUGGAACCUGCAGCAACUAUCACUGGAGAAACACGAUGUAACAACGGCAUGAAAGCAAGCUGUAGUACUGACUCCUCGUUAUAUGUAAAACGUGUUGUGAAUCUUCACAACGUAGACGGCUUAAUUGAAGAUAAACUAGAUUGUCAAGACGAUGUCAAUGCAGAUGUGGUGACCGAAGAGGCCGCUGGUAGCUCAGAGGAUACGACGAAUACCUGUAACAUCCAGAUGUUUAUUCCCAGCAGAAACGAAGCGGAAGUGAUUGACCUUACGAACGAUUAA